AUGUACGAGGAUCAACAUCUGCCCGGACGUGUCCGCGAUGAGGAGGAAGAAAUGGACAAAAAGGUCAUAAUCAACUUUGGUCAGCUGAAGAUGGGACGGCCUAUCUACCAAGAGUCUACUGGUGAUACCCAUCUGCUGUACCCAAAUCAGGCUCGCCUGCGGAAUCUGACGUAUUCAGCGCCGCUGUAUUGCGAGACCAAAGUCAGCACAGUCACUAUAAUCGACCCUGAAACUGGGGAAGAAGAUGUCUCCCACGAGCCUAGCAAGCCUGUUUUUAUGGGCCGUGUUCCUAUUAUGCUGCGGUCUAGAUACUGUCUCCUAGAUCCCCUGAAGAAUGACUUCGGCCUUAAUCAAAUGGGUGAGUGUCACGUUGACCAAGGCGGUUACUUUGUCAUCAACGGCUCGGAGAAAGUCCUGUUGGCACAAGAGCGCAUGUCAGGCAACCAUGUUUUCGUCUUUGUCAAAAAGGCGCCAACUAAAUUUUCACACAUUGCUGAAGUGCGCUCCGUUGCGGAUACCAGCAGCGGACCCGCCUCACAGCUACAGGUAAAGCUGUCUUCCCGAUCUGGUUCGAAAGGCGGGGUAACGGGACAGACAAUCUUAACCACACUACCGAAUAUCACUCAGGAUAUUCCUAUUGUCAUAGUAUUUCGGGCACUUGGUUUUCAGAAUGACAAGGAAGUCAUGAAACAUAUAUGCUACGAUUUCAACGAUGACGAAUUAAUGACGUCCCUGAUGCCGUCGAUUGAAGAAGCUCAGGUCAUCCAAGACCAGGAGGUAGCCCUGGAUUUUAUCGCGAAGCGAGGACCGCAACAAAGCGCGACUGCACCGAAGAAGCAUCGCAUUAAGUAUGCCAGGGAACUAUUGCAGCUCGAAUUUCUACCUCACAUCAGCACUCAGCCAAACUCAGAACUGAAAAAGGGCUACUAUCUGGGUUACAUGGUGAACAAAAUGUUGCAUGUUGCUCUCGGAAGACAGCCACCAGAUGAUCGCGACCAUUAUGGGAACAAGCGGCUGGACCUAGCCGGUCCCUUGAUGGCCGGGCUCUUUCGACAGCAGCUCAGAAAGCUGAUGAAAGAUGUUCGAGCAAAUGCGAAAAGAAUCGUAAACGCCGGUCAGGACAUUGAUCUAAGUUCCAUUGUGAAGUCGGCUAUCAUUACCAACGGCUUGAAGUAUGCGCUGGCAACUGGAAACUGGAUUGGAGCAGGUGGUCAGCCGACAAAGACUGGAGUGUCGCAAGUGCUCAAUCGUCUAACGUUUGCCUCCUCACUCUCACAUCUGAGAAGACUCAACUCUCCUAUCGGGCGAGAGGGCAAACUGGCCAAACCCAGGCAGCUUCACAACACUCACUGGGGCAUGAUUUGUCCGGCGGAAACCCCAGAGGGUCAGUCCUGUGGGCUUGUGAAAAAUCUAGCUCUGAUGGCGUACAUAUCAGUAGGGUCCCUCUCACGCCCGGUCACACUUUUCUUGGAAGAAUGGAGUACUCACUCUUUGCUGGAAAUCAAUGCAGGUCAGGUGGCUAAGGCGACGAAGGUGUUCGUUAAUGGCGCGUGGUUUGGAAUUCAUCAUCGAGCGGAUCAUCUUGCUGAGACUCUGCGUCGAUUACGGCGAAAAGGAGACAUUCACUUUGAAGUUUCCAUUGUUAUGGAUCAUCAGCGGAAAGAGCUUCGCAUUUACACGGAUGCAGGACGAAUCUGUAGGCCACUGUUCAUUGUGGAACAAGAUCGUGUUCCAAACGCGGCAGGUUGGCGUCAACCGCGUUUGAAGAUCCGAAAAAAGCAUGUUCAAGUGUUGAUGAAUGCGCAGGACGCGGACGACGAAACUUUCGGAUUCAAUGCUUUGAUAAAUCUUGGCCUCAUCGAAUAUGUGGAUUGCGAAGAGGAAGAGACGAUCAUGAUUGCAAUGUUGAUGAGCGACCUGGAGAAGAAGGAUCAUUCGGCUGGCUACACCCAUUGUGAGAUUCACCCAGCGAUGAUUUUAGGUGUUUGUGGUUCGAUCAUUCCGUUCCCGGAUCACAACCAAAGUCCUCGAAACACGUAUCAGUCGGCAAUGGGGAAGCAAGCAAUGGGUGUAUAUAUCACAAACUACAGCUUGCGCAUGGAUACUCAGGCCCACGUCCUGUAUUACCCUCAAAAACCACUCGUAUGCACUCGCGCAAUGGAACACUUGAAGUUCCGCGCAUUGCCUUCUGGAAUCAAUGCCUGUGUUGCGAUUGCUUGUUACUCUGGUUACAACCAAGAAGAUUCUGUUAUCAUGUCACAAUCAGGAAUUGAUCGGGGACUGUUUCGAUCAGUGUAUUUCAGGAGUUACAAGGAAGAGGAGAAUAGGAAAUAUGGAGAUGUGAAGGAGUCAUUUGAAGUUCCUGAUAGGAAGACGUGCUUGUCAAUGAAGCCGGAUGAUUAUUCUUUGCUUGAGGAAGAUGGGUUGGUCCCAGAAGGAGUAGCUAUCACCGGGCGGACGAUUCUUGUUGGGAAAGUUCAACCAAUGGAGGAAGUGGAGCAAGACGAGAACGGUGGUGGUACUCGCAGUAUGACGGAAAUGGCCGGGGGGAAGGUGAAGAAAUGCGUAUCCCUGGGAGCGAAAUCGACGGAGAAGGGCAUUGUGGACAAAGUUCUUCUUGCGACGAAUGAAGAAGGGCACCGUUUCACAAGGGUGCGACUACGGUCCGUGAGAAAGCCGCAAAUUGGUGACAAGUUUUCAUCGCGGCAUGGGCAAAAAGGUACGGUUGGGAUCACGUACAGACAGGAAGACAUGCCCUUCACAUCCGAGGGCAUCAUCCCAGACAUCAUUGUGAACCCUCACGCCAUUCCGUCUCGAAUGACGAUUGGUCAACUGAUUGAGUGUCUGUUGGGCAAGGUUUCAUCCAUCCGAGGAACAGAAGGGGACGCAACGCCUUUUACAAAAGGUACAGUGGAAGAUAUCGCACAACGUCUGCUCGAAAACGGUUAUCAGCCUCAUGGGUGGGAACUGAUGCACAACGGGCACACAGGUCGACCACUGGAGGCGCAGAUUUUCCUAGGGCCAACUUACUACCAAAGGCUGAAGCAUAUGGUUGAUGACAAGAUCCAUUCGCGAGCCAGAGGGCCAAGCACUAUGCUUACACGUCAGCCACUAGAGGGUCGAGCACGUGGUGGUGGUCUAAGAUUUGGAGAAAUGGAGCGUGAUUGCCUGAUUUCACACGGCGGUGCCAACUUCAUCCAGGAGCGGUUGAUGGAAAUGAGCGACAAAUCGAGGGUUCAUGUAUGCGACAUCUGUGGAUUAAUUGCGAUUGCAGACCUCACCAAAAAUGUAUUUCAAUGUCGGGGGUGUAACAACAAGACGCGCAUUAGUCAGGUGUACAUCCCGUAUGCGUGCAAGCUGUUGUUCCAAGAGUUAAUGGCCAUGGCAAUUGCUCCGCGCAUCAUGGUGAAGGUAGAGGAUUGAUGUAUCUAGCUAGGGUUGUAGAAAAUGGUCUGACAGUGUAAAGUUGUUGUAAGAAUAAGGAUAGCUCCCAUACAGAUAUGUAUACUGUACAUUGUUGGCAAAGGCUGGCCAAAAUCAUUAAAAUUUAUGCGCAA